GCGCCCUGGCCCGACCUGGCUCAGUCGCGACUGAACCGCGACCCUUGACACACAAGCGCGCGGCGCGUUUCUUGCCCUGUGACGGCAACCGGCAUCAUCACGCACGGAGCGCUAGUAUACGGCGGGGUCGGAGGCCCAGGGCUUUGCCCUCCUAGAGGCCCUGACCUCCCGCCUUUGGAACUCGGCUUCCGCGGUAGCUGGCGGGAUGACGAGCUCCUACCGUCGACUCCCGCGAGUCAGGCCGCGUCGACGCAAAGCGGGUCCUCCGCGACGGAUAAAGGCCAGAAUGUGGAGUGUGUGGUCUGCGGAGACAAGUCCUCGGGGAAACACUAUGGCCAGUUCACUUGUGAGGGUUGCAAAUCAUUUUUCAAGAGAUCCGUAAGAAGAAAUCUGACAUACUCUUGCCGGGGCAACAGAAAUUGCCCCAUCGACCAGCAUCAUAGAAACCAGUGCCAGUUUUGCAGACUAAGAAAAUGUCUCAAAAUGGGCAUGAGGCGAGAAGCUGUCCAGAGAGGACGCGUGCCCCCGACGCAGCCCGCGGGCCUCGCUCUGCCCGGGCAGUUCGCCCUGACCAAUGGCGACCCUGCAGCCGGCCUCAACAGCCACCCGUACCUCUCCUCCUAUAUCUCUCUGCUCCUCCGAGCAGAACCCUACCCCACUUCGAGAUACGGCCAGUGCGUCCAACCCACCAACGUCAUGGGCAUAGACAAUAUCUGCGAAUUAGCUGCGAGACUAUUAUUCUCCGCCGUCGAAUGGGCGAGAAAUAUCCCCUUUUUUCCUGACCUCCAAGUCACCGACCAAGUGGCGCUAUUAAGGCUCGUCUGGUCAGAACUAUUCGUCCUAAACGCGUCCCAGUGUUCCAUGCCCUUACAUGUAGCUCCAUUAUUAGCGGCUGCGGGUCUGCACGCCUCACCGAUGGCAGCAGACCGAGUAGUCGCUUUCAUGGACCACAUAAGGAUCUUCCAAGAGCAAGUGGAGAAGCUGAAAGCACUCCACGUCGACUCAGCGGAGUAUUCCUGUCUGAAGGCCAUCGUCCUCUUCACGACAGAUGCGUGCGGCCUAUCAGACGUGCCGCAUAUAGAGAGUCUCCAAGAGAAGUCCCAGUGUGCGUUAGAAGAAUACUGCAGGAGUCAAUACCCAAAUCAGCCCACCCGCUUCGGGAAACUUCUCCUACGGCUUCCUUCCCUCCGCACCGUCAGCUCCCAAGUCAUCGAGCAACUGUUCUUUGUGAGAUUAGUGGGGAAGACUCCAAUUGAGACCUUGAUACGGGACAUGUUGCUGUCAGGUAGCUCGUUCUCUUGGCCGUACAUGGCGACCAUGUGACACACAAUGUGGCGGCAGUUGGCGGCGGCAUGAUCCACGCCCUACGGUUUCCCGCCGUACCUGCCUCAGCGCUUCGACUUCCAGAGGUACCAGCGAGAAGCCCCGGAGGACGCUGUUACGUCCUCCAGCGAAUUCCACGAAAGCGAAACACCAGCAGAAGAAUAUUUCGGGUCGCGAACAAGCCGAGAGGACAGGCCUGAUCCGAGCACCAAUUUUGAUCCAAUCUCCGCGUUCUACGCCCCGAAAAAUGAUGAGAGUUUCGAAGUUGCGACCACAACGUCGAACGAAACGCAGAAAAAUGCUCAAAAGGGUUCGAUGAUGAUCGACAAUCUGCUGAACAUCAGACAGGAGUGCUCCAUGCCUGAGAUGAAGUAAAUUAGGCUUAGUUGGGUCAGUAGCAGGGACGGGUUUGCGCUCAACAUUUUCCCAGUUUAUUCUCUUAAAUUCCCAAAUAUUAUUUAAGUUUGCGGCGGAUUUGUGGUAAUCAAUCGGGAAAAAAUUGAGCGCAUACGCAUCUUUAGGUCAGUAGUGUUAUUAGUUCAACUUUCUUUGUUCCUCUGUAAAAAUGUAGGAUAGAUUUAAUAUUUAACGUUGUAAAUAAAAUGUUUUUAUUAUUGUAAAUGUAUAGUUAGAAGGUAAGAGAUAAAGCUGUUUUCUACGAUGUUUUUAGUUAGAGAAAGAUUCUGAAAUGAAAGUGAACUUUAUGAUCUAUGUAUGAAGUUGGUGUCAAAGAGUAUAAUAUCGUACUGAACGAGAGUCAAUGUACCACAAAACGACCCUGAUAGCUCAUAGAGAGGCCAUUAUUUAUACAGAGACAGAACGCGUAGUCUAAAAUAGUUAUACCAGUGGAAAAUCUGAAAACAAAAUCAGAUCAUAACAAAUUAGAACAUUUGACCUCCCCUCGGGAUAAUAUACCCAUUUUCACAAACUGUAAAGCCGUCAGUUUUAUUUAUUAUUGUAAAAUAAUUCUAGAACAAUCAUGGAUUGUCAUACACGCAAUAAAUUUAUACUUCAUCCGUGCAAUCUUCGUGUGUAGUUGUGUAUAGAUUAUAAUUACGUAUGCACAGACAAAUGAUAGAUUGAGUGCGGCUCGCCAAAAACAAAAAAAAAUAAAAAAUUUUCAAGCAAGUUUAAAUUGCUUAAAAAUAUGUUCUUUUUUGCGUCAGAGUUCUGACAAAAUUGCCUGACGUAAAAUUAUCACUUCGCAAAUGUGCACUUCAUAAAUUUUUGAUAAGUGUACAUUUUGCGAAUUGCUCAUUUUGCGUCAGACUCUGCCAAAAGGUAUCAAGCUAUCAAAAGUAGUAAGCACAAUUUUUUGUCAUUUUCACGUACGAUGGUGUUAUCUUGGUUGUAGCCGGCGACGAUUUACAUUUGUCUGUGUAAUUAUGCAUUUUUGACAUGAAUUUAUGUACAAUACUGUAACAUAGUUGUGUGACCUGGAAACCUAAUUAUGUCGUCGACUGUACCUAACACGUGCAUUUCAAUAAAAAGGGGAUUUCUAUCAUUUUAUGCAAAUGUAAUUAAGUGUUUAAUUAAUACCGAAAUGGAUUAUUAAAAUUGUAAAUCUUUUCUAUAUACUGGUGCUCUACACUACUUAUUUUUCGGAGUAUAGGUACAAUUCCUUUAUGAAGGCAUUUAAAUAAAUUAUCUAUAUAAUCUCAAUUACGUAGGGAACAAAAAUGUUUGGACGUGCCCCGCCUGGCCCUGGCCGAAGGGGCAAUGUUGGCUACGCUCGAAUCGAGAGAGAGAGAGACACAUCGAGAGAAUCUCAAUAUGUCAAUAAUUAUUACUACGUACAUUAGUAUAAUAUAUAUUUGAAAUUUCCACUUUUAUUUAUAUUGCAAUAUUUUUUACUUGGUGCUUUUGAAUAUUUUUUUUUAUAAUAUACUUCUUUUUUGUCAAUGGAAUUAUGUAUUUGAAUUCUGAAACCAAAAACUUCUUUACAUAAAUAUUACUUAACUAUAGGUAUAUAAAAUUUAUUAUUUUUUGUUGUAAAACGAAUUAUUCAACGUAAUUUCUGAAAAUAUUUCUUAAAUUAUAAUAUCUUAUGUGAAGAGACUGUAGAAAUUUUAUGUCUAAACUUCAUAUUUUGACGUUUACACUAUUCAUUAACACUAUUAGUUUAAACUUAUUCUGGUUCUAAAGAAAAAACUUACGCAAAUUUUCCAAGAAUUUUCAAAAAGCAUUCUUAAUUUAGAGUUAAACUGCCAGAUUUUAAAUAUAUGUUUAACAUAACAAUAAAGAAACAAUGUAGUGAGAAAACAAUUUAUUUAAAUAUUAUUUUAUUUUUCUUUAAAAAUGUAGGUAAACAUAAUUGUAAUUUUGUCUUGUUAUUAUUUAGUCUGAAGAAUGUAAAACAGUGAAAAUGUCUUUAAAUUAAACACAUUUGAUUACAAAUAUUUGUAAGUAUGAUGAUUUUUGUUCGGAAUGUGUACAUUUCCUGCCGAAUUGUAUGACUUUUUAUGAGAAGCAAUGUAUUUAUUCGCAAUAAUUGUACAAAGGUUGUAAUAUACGGUCUGUGUGUACGAGACAGUGUUUGACAAGCGUAAUUUGAGGAAUAAAAGAUGUCUCUAUGGAUUUUGAAA